AUGUUCGGUUUGAGCGUGUCGCCGGCCAAGUCCGAGGCCAUAUGGUUCGGCCGCCGCCGUAGAGGAACUCCUCCUCCUGGACUGUCCGUGAACAUCAACGGGGAAGAAGUCCCGGUGAUAUGCCAGAUGAAUUACCUGGAUCUCAUCAUCGACAACCAAUGGACCUUCAGGCCGCAUUUCGAGAUCCUGGUUCCAAGGGUGACAGCCGCAGCUAACGCCUUAUGCGGUUUGCUGCCAAACAUCGGGGGAGCAGGGGUCGGAGUACACCGGCUCUACGAGGGAGUGGUCCGGUCCAGAAUCCUCUACGGAGCCCCCGUAUGGGCCGAAGACCUGAUGGCGAGUCGCCGCAGCUUACUCUUGUUGAGGAGGUUGCAAAAAACGAUCGCCAUCCGCAUAGUGAGAGGAUAUCGGACCAUAUCCUACGCGUCGGCGUCCGUGCUGGCGGCGUCCGUGCUGGCGGCGUCCCCACCGUAA